AUGUCUGACCUUGGCGCUUGGUAUCUACAGCAGGUGCGAUGGACAGCUUUCAGGAUGGGCUGCUACCGUGCUGGUAUCUAUCCUGACAAAGAUGCCAGCAGGCCUCUCUGGGAGACUCUACGUCUUCCUAUUAUAGAUCCAAAUCCGCCAAACCAAGCUCCUCCUCGGUUUAUCCCUUACAGGCGCCCUCCUGUGGACGACCCUGGAAGGAAUUUGGACCAGGCCCGGGCUCCUACUGACCUCCGUGAAGGCGUCCCAAGAGAUGCAUGGAGAAGGUUACAGGAAGCCAAGAGUCUCUUUGGGUUAGCACCGGGUAUCACCUACACGAAAACAUUGGGCUUCGGGGGUAAUGGUCUUGCUCUUCUUUACCGCACCGCCAGGGGCAGGCGGUUCGUUGUCAAGGUGCCGCUGGGAGGGCCUGCCCCCGAGGCAGAUAUUCGUAGAGAAAUGCGGCAUCUUAGAACGCUACGGCGCUCCAAACAUAUCACAAAUAUGCUCGGAUCAAACGACAUCGGUAUGCUGAGGCAGCGUACCGUUCACGAAAGGCCACCACAAGACGACUCUAGCGAUGAAAGCGACUCAAGUGAUGACGACAGCGUCGUCGGGGAGCCCCCUCCCAAACGGAGGAGGAAGCAACUAACCCAUGCACAAAUCGAUGCUAGGGUUGAUAAAAUCUUCAAACGCUUUACAGCUUGGAUGGAUGCAGAGAAUGCGCGGGGAUCCGAAAAACCUGGCACAAACGAAGGCGAUACGCAACCCUGGAAUUAUCUUCUUUUAGAAUACAUGGGGAACGGCGACCUUGGUCAGAUGAUCCAAAGAUGUCUUGACAUGCGACUUGAAGUCCCUAACUACGUGCUUUGGUCCUUCUGGUUAUGCUUAAUCAGGUCUUGUAUCGCUCUUGCAUAUCCAGUUCACAAGUUUCACCCGGAUCGGAAGAACUCAGCCAUCAAAGGUGAUUUGACGGAAGUGAUCCCGGCCGGUCAUAGACAGCGCUGGAUAAGGCGCCUCGUGCAUUUCGAUAUCGACCCUCAAAACAUCUUAAUCGCCGAUCCAGAUCCUGAUAACGAGCAUAUCAUAUGUCCAACAUUAAAGCUUGCAGAUUUUGGGGUCGCAGAAAAGAUCAAGCCGCAGAAGUGCAACUGGUAUUAUGAGCGACGACGUGUGUCAGGAAAGAAUGGUAACUGGGCACCCGAGCAAUUUGACUCUACGUGGGAUGCAUGGGCACCAAACAUGUGGGGUGCCGAUAUAUGUGACGAUCCAAUCUGUGGAAAUUAUGGAGUAGCAACAAAUAUCUGGGGGGUAGCUUUGACGAUGUGGAGCUUGAUGACUCGCUGCAAGCCCAUCAACCCGCCUUGGGGAGCUGACACCCACCUGCGGUACGACAGAGCAUUCGGCGAAGACAGAUCUAAGAACUGGAACCACUUCUCGUACGGAACAGUGCUGAGAAAUGACGGCAGGUCGCCUUGGCAAUAUGUGGACAGGCGCUUGCGGUACACGAUCGUCAAGUGCCUAGCGCGUCGGCCACAAGAUCGGCCAUCGCUUCAAGAGCUCCUUGACGAAGCCACCACGAACCAAGGAUUCAGAUAUUCAAAUGAUGGGGCUCCAUCGUCUGCUAACGCUGAUGGGACUGCGCGGCCGCCCGAGACGGCAGACUCUGUCAGGGCGUGGCUUCAAAAUGUCCUACAUAAUGCGCAACCUCCACCAUCCAUGGGGUUAGAUGAUUGGACAAUCUUGUGA